ACUUGCAAAAUAUUUUGAUACUUAAACUUGACUUGAUUAAGAUAGGAUUCAUUUUCCUUCUUAGUCUUGUGUCAAAAGCACUAUGAAAUUUUAUAUAUUUUUAGCAGUUACCUGUUUGUUGGUGGAAGUAAAUGCACAGUAUUAUGGCAAGUUUAUUGGAGCUUUGAAGCAAUUAACAAACGACUAUUUUAUUGCUGGUACAGUCUAUGCAGCAGACGAGAACCAUUUGUAUAUUGAAAAUUUUGAACACGAUGGUAAAGGGCCAGGUGUUAGAUUCUGGGUCGGUAAAGUAAAUGGAGGUGCAGAUAUGAACGCAAUUCUAAACAAUGGCGUCGCCUUAUUGGAUGAAAAUGGAAGCGAUAAACCCAUUAAAAAGUAUGAUAAGAAGACUAUCUAUUUGACUUUACCUAUUGGAAUCAAAUUUAAGGAUGUCAAAUAUUUUUCAAUUUGGUGUGAUACUGCCAAUGUUAACUUUGGACAUGUUGAAAUUCCAUCAAAUUUAGAUGUUCCUGUUAAACGUCAACUCGGUUCAUUUGGUUUUUCGCCUGCAAAAAGUGGCGUCAAAGCUGAAGAUGUUAUUUUGGAAGCUAUACAAACUAUUCUCGUUAAGAAAUUUGAAUUUUCCGGAGGUGAUAACGUAUUUUUCGGUCUUAUGUCCGGAGAUUAUACAAAACCUGACCAAGUUAAAUUGGCUACAAAGAUCUCGGAUAGUUUAUUAGCGUCUAAUCAGGCUGACAAACUUUUGAAAUUACCUAUUGGUAUCGAUGUUAGAAACUUUAAAAAUUUUAUCGUCUACAAUUCCCAAACUAACGAGGUUUAUGGUAAAAAAGACAUUCCUUCCGGCUUGAAUAUACCACCGAAAUCAUCUACGACAACAGUUCUGCCCUCUAACGAACACUGCAAGCAAAUUACAGAUGAUGUAGCUGUCUUCUAUAAAGUUGAUGGUUUAGAUUUGGUUGUGACGGUAGAUGGCGUCUUAGCCGAUGACAAUUACAUUGCGUUCGGUAUCAGUGGUUCAUCUACCGGAACGCAAAUGGUUGGUGGUGAUGUUGUCGCCGUCUACAUGGACAAUGGUAAUGCGAGAGCGAUUGAUUAUUACCUUUCUUCUAAAGCUCAAUGUAGCGCCGGAAAGGGGGUCUGUCCGGACAACGACGGUGCAACCGCUCAAAAUAAUGUUGAAUUAAUAUCCGGUAAGAAAGAGAACGGGAGAGUAAAAAUUCAAUACAAGAGAAAAUUAUCAACUGGAGAUAAUGAAUUCGAUAAAGAUAUAUCGAAAAACCAGGAUGUGCAGUUUAUCUGGGCGAAAGGACCAUAUAAUGCUCAAAAGCAGAUUCUUUAUCAUUCCGAAAGGAGUGGAUUUGCAAGCAAUUUGGCUACUGUCAAAUCCGAUUGUAAGCAAACAACCAAACCAUCAACAGCACCUCCAAAAGGAUUUGAAGAAAUAACUAUUUCUGAUACUACAGAAUUUGAAGUUACUCUGGGAUCUAGCGGAGGAGAACAAGGUUACAAAGCAAUUACUAAAACCAACUCAUGGGGUAUAGCUUAUUAUAUUAACGGAAAGCUUAUUCCUGUAUUAAAAUUGAAUCCGAACGUCCUGUAUACUUUUAAUAUAUUAACCGGAAAUAAUACUGACGUCGACCCAGAAUAUCAUCCGUUCUAUAUUACUAAUGAUCCUAAAGGCAACUAUAGAGCUUAUGACGAAAAUCAAAGAAAGGAUAUCAAAAUAUACGCCGGUUUAGACGCUAACGGCAAACCAAUUCCAUCUGCCCUUGGUACUUAUUGUUCAUACAAGAAAAAGGACGGCGUACAACCAAAGGUUUACGAUAGCUUUCCAAGUUUUUCAGAGGACUUGAAAAAAGUAUGCAGACACGAUCCACCGAUAAAAGGUCAAUUUAAAUUUACGCCAACAUCCGAUUUAGUUGGAAAAGAAUUAUAUUAUCAGUGCUACGCUCACAAUAACCUGGGAUGGAAGAUUGUUGUCGAAAUGUUAACUUUUGCUAUUGUCCCUUUGUAUUACUGUGUUAUUUGUUUUCAUGUUAACACGUCUUUUGUGGCAAAUGAGCCUUUUCAUGUAAAACUUUUUAGAGUUAUACCGUAUAUGGUUUUUAAAAGAACUUAG